UACAGGUAGGUGGACCAGGAACAAUAAACACCUGUGACCCGCCAUGUUGGAUUUUGAAGUUUUUCAAUACUAUAACAUUGUGGUUCUGAAGUUGUUUGUAAAAGUAAUCUCUGGAAUCCUUUGAACAUGCAGAUUGUGGACAGAGAAUGUUGCAACCUUUAAAUCCCACUGGUAGCUGGGAGACCAGGGACAAAGAUUAAACGCCCAGAACCCGCCAUGUUGGAUUGUGAUGUUCUGUAGAUGGAUUAGAAUUGAAUAAAUGCCUAUCCCCCUAAAUAGUAAAGAAAAGGAUCCCUGACCAUGGACCCCAGGAACAGCGCCCAGGAUGUUGUACGCUGCACCCUGUGUCAGGAAUCUGUGGCCCCCAUGUACUGUGAAGUUUGUCAUAUACAUCUGUGUAAAGACUGUGUAGAGACACAUUUCUCUGAUUCCUCUAAAGUCCAUAAAGUGGUGCCACUUAAACAGUAUCUAACCACUCUGAACUAUCCCAAGUGUAGGAAACACCCCACCAAACAAUGUGAACUCCACUGUGAACGAUGUGACAUUCCUAUUUGUGUACAAUGCAUUUCUUCUAAAAAACAUUUAGGACAUAUACAAGUUGACAUUCUGAAAACCUUCGAAAGCAAAACCGAAAAGUUGCAAAAAGAUUUGCAAGAAUUGGAGAAAUUCAUUUAUCCUAAAUACAAAGAGAUUGCCUCCAAUAUCCCAGUUCAGAAAGCUGAUCUGAGUAAAAACUCCCAGAAAUUAACAUCAGCAAUGGACAAACAUGGAGAAGUCUGGCACAGAGAAAUAGACACCAUUAUACAGAAACUGAAAUCUGAUCUUGAUGAAAUGGCCGCCAAACACCUGGCUGUCUUAAACAAACAGGAAGAUGAAAUCACACGCACUAUUUCUGAAAUCACACGGAGCAUUGCUGAUCUGAAGAAGUUACUGGACUCCAAUGAUGUCAGCCGUGUCUCUGCCUACAAAUCCAGGAUUCCUGAAUUCAGAAGAUUGCCUCCUAAACUCACAGUUUCUCUACCAAACUUCACCCCUCAGAAAAUUAACCCAGAACAACUUUACCAACAAUUUGGUUCCCUGUCAACAUUCUCCAUUACAUCAGAGGAACAUGGCUACACCAUGGAAACCUCAAAAGCUGGAUCCUCUCCUCUCAAACCACUGCUUGAUGAGCCACGGAUCAUCUCCACCAUACAGACACAGUAUAGAGGCCAUCCUAAUGGUCUAACCAGUGUUACUUGUCACAGUGAUGAAGAAAUCUGGGCGUGUAGUUAUAAUAAUAAGAUGAUGAGUCUCUACAACCUGCAGGGGGAACUAGUGAAGUCAGUCCAAACCAAGUCAGGGAACGGUCCACAGGACAUAGCAGUGACAAGGAGUGGGGAUCUAGUUUAUACUGAUUACAAUGAUAGAACUGUGAACAUAGUGAAUAAUACACAGAUACAGACAGUGAUCAGACUACGGGGGUGGAGACCUCGCAAUGUCUGUAGUACCUCCUCUGGUGACCUCCUGGUUGUCAUGGACAGUGAUGAUAGAAAACAAACAAAAGUUGUUUGUUACUCUGGCUCCACAGAGAAACAAAGUAUUCAGUACGACGACAAAGGACGACCUCUCUAUUCAUCUGGUUAUAACAUUAAAUACAUCAGUGAGAACAGGAACCUAGAUAUCUGUGUGUCAGACAAUGGAGCCCGUGCAGUAGUGGUGUUCAAUCAGGCCGGGAAACUCCGGUUUACCUACACUGGUCCUCCCUCUACUACCAUAGAAUCAUUUAUUCCAUACGGCAUCACAACAGACAGCCAGGGUCGGAUCCUGACAGCAGACUAUUACAGCCACUGUAUCCACAUCCUGGAUCAGGACGGACAGUUCCUCCGCUACAUUGACAACUGUCAUUUACAGCGUCCAUGGAGUUUAUGUGUGGACACCAGAGACAACCUCUUUGUGGGUGAGUACAGCACAGGUAAAGUGAAGAAAAUACAAUAUUACAUGUAAAUCAAUUAACUGCAAAGAAUAAAAUGUAAUCAAACAAACUAAGUAUAAUUACAUUCUGUGUAAAUAUUACCAGUAAAGAAACUGUUUCACAUUGCGCCUGAACAUACUGUGUACAUUAGAUGAGAAUACAUUGUGUGUUUGUAUUGUAUAUGUAGGUAUUUAUCCUUACAGAUAAAAUAUAUAUACAUGUAAUAUGUGUUAUCGGGUCAUGUCAGUUUUUGAUACACCGAUCACUAUCUCCAUAUGUUGUAUGAAACAUGUAUCACAUGUAAACAACUUGACCAUAUCUAUCAGAUGUAACCACACUGACUGUUGACUGUAUUGUGUAAGACAUGUAGGCUUUCAUCAUGAGUAUAAUCAUUACAUAUGUCCUAAAACUAUGUGUGUUUGAACAACAAUUUUUCUUAUGAAACAAACAAAUUUUGUAUGUUAUAUUACCGGUACAUGCAUAUUAUGUUGUCAAACUAUGUACGUUUGAAUGCCAAAACAAUUGUUUCUUUUAUAUUACUAAUACAUACAUGUAGCUGACUAUUGUUGACAGUUUAUCAAUAACAUGUCAAACAGUCUUUGUUUUAACAUGAAAAAAAGGAAAUGGUCGCUUUAUGUUUAACUUACAUGUGGUUAUCAUAUCUGAGCAAACUUUUAGUUACAUGUAUUAAUGACGAAGGUUAAUGGACGUGUAGCACUCAAUUCUUUACCAGCAAUGGAGCGAGGCCACAAAGGGACUGAGGCCCAUUACUUAUAAAGAGGAGUGGUACAGGUAUAUUAACCAAUCAGAAUUAAUAUUGUCAGACCAUAAUCAUCAUCAUUACUUACCUUUGAUCUUAAGAAUUAGAGUAGUCGUUAGUGAUUUCUAUCAACCUUGUUUUCUCUGCUGAAUGUUCAAAACAUCAGAAAAUCCACAUCCAAAAUGUUCAGGUCCUAAUUUAAUGUUCUGGUUUUUUCUUUGAGUGUUUUAUUUCCUGUAUGAUCUAAUCGGACUUUUUCCUGAAAAUGUAUUUAGACAAUAAGAAUAUGUUUUUUAUACAUGAUUAUGCUAUGUAUGAAUUUUGUGAGUUUUAAUCAAUAAAACUUUUAUCAGAGAAA